GUUUCUCAAUUGUAAUUAUGUCUGUGUGGCCAUAUCUCCAAAAGAUUGAUCCGACAGCAGAUGCGAGUUUCUUGGGCUGGAUUAUAGCUUCAUAUAGCAUUGGCCAAAUGGUUGCCUCUCCCCUGUUCGGCUUGUGGUCCAACUACAGGCCAAGGAGAGAACCUCUUGUUGUUUCAACUGCUAUUUCAGUAGCUGCUAAUUGUCUUUAUGCCUAUGUCCAUGUACCUCAUUCACACAACAAAUACUACAUGCUGACUGCACGUGCUCUUGUGGGAUUUGGAGCAGGAAACGUGGCUGUAGUUCGAUCAUAUAUUGCGGGUGCCACUUCUCUUACAGAAAGAACAAGUGCCAUGGCCAAUACCAGUGCCUGCCAAGCAAUUGGCUUCAUAUUAGGACCAGUUUUUCAGACAUGUUUUACACUUAUUGGAGAAGAAGGAAUAACAUGGAAAUUAGUUAAUCUUCAACUGAACAUGUAUACGGCACCAGUUUUAUUUGGAGCUCUCUUAGGAGUUAUUAAUAUUAUUCUCAUCUUUGCCAUAUUGAGAGAGCAUCGAGUGGAUGACAUGGGACGGCAAUGCAAAAGUAUCAAUUUUGAAGGAGAAGAAAGUGGGGCUCUGGAUCAGGAUGCAGAAGGAAACGUUGACCACGUUGCUGUGGUAGCAAUCAAUUUGCUUUUCUUUGUCAUCUUGUUUGUGUUUGCUGUCUUUGAAACUAUAGCUACUCCAUUGACGAUGGAUAUGUAUUCCUGGACCAGGAAAGAAGCUGUUUUUUAUAAUGGAAUAAUCCUUAGUGUGGUUGGCGUUGAAUCAGUUAUUGUUUUCAUGGUGGUUAAAACACUAUCUAAAAAGACUGGUGAGCGUGCCAUACUCCAUGGAGGCUUACUGAUUGUCUUGGUUGGAUUCUUUAUCUUACUGCCAUGGGGGAAAAAACUACCAAAUAUCCAGUGGCAAGAAAUAAAGAAUAACUCCAUUCCCAGAACAACUUCCGCUGAACUGUUAACGCCUUUCUGGAGUUUGCAAGCAAUGCAGCUUCCAUCCAACCACACAGUAGAACCCGUAGGCUGCCCUGUCACGCAGUCCUGGUGCCUGAAUACUCCUAUGAUCUAUCUGGCCCAGUAUAUCAGCUCUGACAUACUAAUAGGAUUGGGCUAUCCAGUUUGUAAUGUCAUGUCCUACACUUUAUACUCAAAAAUUCUUGGACCAAAGCCUCAGGGUGUCUACAUGGGAUGGUUAACUGCCUCUGGAAGUGCAGCACGAAUACUUGGGCCUGUUUUUGUGAGCCAAAUAUACACGCACCUGGGACCACGUUGGGCAUUUAGCUUAAUCUGUGGAAUAGUCGUAGUCUCUCUCUUACUCUUGGAGAUAGUAUACAAGAGACUUAUUGCAUUUUCUGUCAGAUAUGGAAGGAUGCAAGAAGAGAAUUGUUAAAUAUGUAUUUAAAAAAAAAAAAGUAAAACCAACCAGAAAUAAUACUUAAUUUAUUACUACUUUUUAAUGAGGAGUACCUAACCACUGACCUUUCUGG